CAUACCCUUGACAUCUAAACGCAUUUCCCUUUCCAGUGGCUCUCUCUCUCUCUGCUCUUCGCUCUCUUAAGCGAAGCAACGUCUUACCUGAACCGGUGAACAGUAGGGGUGGAUCGGAUUCUUAACGGACUGAUUUCUGUUUCGUGACGGAGUAGUAAAACGAAUAUAAAGUAAUCGCCACCAAUAAGAAAAGGGGGAUUAGGUGUACAUGUACAGGAUUGCCUUUCCAUCAAACAGGUGAGCCAUGACAUCAUUGCUGUUACUGUGCUUGUGUCUCCGGGUCAUCUCAGCCACUCUGUCCUUUACAGACUAUCUAUAUACUGAACCUGAAAACACUCUGAGUGUCAGCAUUCCCAUAGCGGGUCCUUUGCGACCCUUAAUGGGGGACAAGAUGGUUCUGCCCUGCUACUUCCUGGACAACACAGUCCUUGACCCAGGGGCCCCCACCAUAGCUCCUCUCGCCCAUCGUAUCAAAUGGAGCCUCAUCACCAAAGAAAAGAGUACAGACAUUCUGUUGGCCUCAGAAGGCACAGUUGCACUUAAUAAAAGGUAUAUGGACAGGGUAUCCAUGAUAGCAUACCCCAUGACCCCUACUGAUGCCAGCAUUGAAAUCACCGAACUCCUCUCCAAUGACUCGGGAGUGUACCGCUGUCAAAUCAUGCAUGGAAUUGAAGACAGCCAUGACACUGUUGAUGUGAAGGUGCAAGGCAUCGUGUUCCACUAUCGUGCCAUCACUAGUCGUUAUACCCUGACGUUUGAGAGGGCGAAGGAGGCCUGUAUCAAGAACAGUGCCAUUAUUGCGACUCCUGAGCAACUCCAGGCAGCCUAUGAUGAGGGCUACCAUCAGUGUGAUGCAGGCUGGCUCUCUGACCAGACUGUUAGGUAUCCUAUCCAUGAGCCACGAGAGGCAUGCUAUGGAGACAAAUAUGAAUUCCCUGGUGUGAGGACGUACGGAGUCAGAGAAAUAAAUGAGACUUAUGAUGUGUACUGCUUUGUUCAAAACAUGACAGGAAGGGUGUUUUUUGCUAUGUCCCCUGAAACAUUUACCUUCACUGAGGCUGAGGCACAGUGUGUUAAAUGGGGUGCUAAAUUAGCCACUACCGGGCAACUAUACCUGGCCUGGAAGGGCGGUAUGGAUAUGUGUAAUGCAGGCUGGCUAGCAGAUGGGAGUGUCCGCUAUCCAAUCAACAUUGCCCGGCCUCAGUGUGGAGGAGGCUUGCUGGGCGUGCGCACUGUCUACCGCUUUCCUAACCAGACUGGCUAUCCUCUACCAGACUCACGUUAUGAUGCUAUCUGCUAUACAGAAGAGGAUGAGGAGGGUUCAGCUGACAUAUACCCAAGUAUACGGACGACUACAGAGACAGGAGGUGGUGCAGUAAGUGUGGGAAUGAUGACAGACCAUCCCCAGCAAUUCACCAAGCAGACUAUCACAGAGAGUGAGCUACAAGGCCAGGUUGUAACCCACAAACCUCUCACCACCACUACUGGACUCCCAGACACCAUGCAGAACGUUACCCAGCAGCCUCUGUCUCCACCUCCCAGUGCCAUAGAGGAUCUUGCAGAACUGAUACAAGGGGUGACUGCUCGACCUGAACUGGGAUCAGAGAUCCCCCAUGAAAAUGCAACAGAAGCUGCCAUGUCUCCAACUGGUGUUGUGUUCCACUACAGGGCAGGCUAUGAUCGUUAUGCACUUACCUUUAUUGAGGCGCAGAUGGCCUGUCAGAACAUUGGAGCAGUGAUUGCUAGUCCCCAGCAGUUGCAGGCUGCCUAUGAGUCUGGCUACCACCAGUGCGAUGCAGGCUGGCUGCUUGACCAGACCGUCAGGUAUCCUAUCACAUCCCCACGUGAGAAAUGCUCUGGGGAUUUGGAGUAUCUUCGCGGUGUGAGAUCCUAUGGACUGCGGCCUGCCAGUGAGCGCUAUGAUGUAUACUGCUAUAUGGACAAACCAAGAGGGGAGGUUUUUCAUGCGAGUUCAUUCAUGAGGUUCACAUACGAUGAAGCAGUGGCUUACUGCCAGGGUCAAAACGCCUCGCUGGCCUCCACUGCUGAUCUGAAUGCGGCCUGGAAGCAGGGCUUUGAUAAGUGCCGGGCUGGCUGGCUCAUCGACCGCACUGUGCGCUACCCCAUCAAUAACCCCCGGCCCCAGUGCGGAGGAGGGAAAGCUGGUGUGCACACAGUCUAUAAGUUCCCCAACCAGACGGGAUAUCCUGAUUUGCACUCCAGAUUUGAUGCCUAUUGCUGUAGAGUUGAUCUCCAGCUAUAUCUCAACGAGACAGUAGUAGAAGAGGAGAUAGUAAACCUGACAUCCAUACCUAGCCUUCUUAGGCCUGUGAGCCCCUCUGUUGCACCUCCCAUUGCAGUGGAGCCAUCUGAUUCUGGCCCUGCAGACCUGCCUUCAGGGGAUAGUGGCUCUGCAGAUGUGCCUUCAGGGGACAGUGGCUCUGCAGACGUGCCUUCAGGGGACGGUGGCUCUGCAGACGUGCCUACUGGGGACGGUGGCUCUGCAGACGUGCCUACUGGGGAUGGUGGCUCUGCAGACCUGCCUUCUGGGGAUGGUGGCUCUGCAGACCUGCUUUCUGGGGAUGGUGGCUCUGCAGACCUGCUUUCUGGGGAUGGUGGCUCUGCAGACCUGCUUUCUGGGGAUGGUGGCUCUGCAGACCUGCCUUCUGGGGAUGGUGGCUCUGCAGACCGGCCUUCUGGGGCUAGUGGCUCUGCAGACCUGCCUUCUGGUGAUAGUGGCUCUACAGACCUGCCUUCUGGGGCUAGUGGCUCUGCAGAACUGCUUUCUGGGGAUAGUGGUUCUGGCAAUGUAUUUGCAAGCGGGAGUGGGGAGCAAUACAGUGGGGCACUGGACAUGACAGGAAACCUUUCAGGAUCUGGUUUCGGUGGAGAACUGUCAGGCUCAGGCCAUAUUGGUGAUGGCUCACGUAUACUUGUGACCUUCUCAGGCAGCGAGUCCAUCUUAUCUGGGGAUGAAUUAGCUUCAGGGUCACCCCAGGAAGCUGGAAAAGGCAGUGCACAGAUCCCCACUUUCAUCCCAGUCCUGGGCUCUGGCUUCUUCAGUGGGGAAGGGUCUGGAAUUGGAAGUGGUUCAGGUCUCAGCUCAGAGGAAAAUGGGUCUGGACUGGACUCAUUCAGUAGCUUAGGAGAGAGUGAUGAGAGUGGAGAUGUUGCAGGCAUCUCUUCAGGUCUUGGCUCCAGUGAGGAAUCCUCUGGUUUCAGUGGCUUACCAUCAGGCCUGUUUCCGUCUGGAGAUUACAGUAGUUUCUCUGAGAUUAGCGGCAGUGGAAUUAUCAUGGUGGAUGGCGAUUGGGUAGAGGUGUCCACUGCUCCAAGCCUCACAGGUCAGGAGCUGAGUGGAGCAGAGGUGGAUUUCAGUGAGUCAGGCGAUCUAUCAGGGUCUGGCCUGAGUGGCUCCUUCUCUGGAUUAAGCAGUGGCCUCAGUGGGGCUGGGAGUGGUUCUGUAUUUCCUGAGACCACCUUUUUGGGAUCAGGGUUCACCGAUCUCACAGACCAAUCCAGUGGGGAACAAGAGGCUACUGGGGUUUUGGUGUAUGGAUCAGGAAAGUGGAGCAGCUAUCUCUCCGGAACCUCUGGUCUCCCUUCAGGAGCCUCAUCAGGAGUAUCUGCCAGUGGAGAUGUUAUGUUAUUGACUGAUGGUAACAUGGUGGAGGUUUCUAUCUACCCCACCCAAAGACAAGAGCUCAGGAAAGGGCCAAUAGAGCACAGUGGGAGUGGAAGUGAACUAUUUGCUGAGAGUGAAGAGCGCCAUGCCACACCUGGUAGUGGAGACUACAUUUCAUCCCUGGCUAGCAAAGACCAAUCAGCGGUUGAUUCAAAUGAUGUUCCUGCUGUUGUAUUAACACUCCAAGCUCCGUCAAGGCUGCUCAGUGACAUGGCAGGGCCACUGAAAGCUAUGCCAGAGCCUGCCGAAACUAUUUGGAAUCCUGACACUGCAACUACUGAACCUACCUUCUUCCUGGAAGCACCUGCUGUCAUGGCAGCACCUACCACAGAGGACUUUGCCAUGGACCCAUGUAAUCCAAAUCCCUGUGGUGCUGGCUCAUGUUCUGUACAGGACGGGGUUGAAUUGUGUCACUGUCCACCAGGACUGACAGGAAAAGGGUGUCACUUUGAGGUUGAAGUGUGCCAUUCAAACCCUUGUGCCAAUGGAGCCACGUGUGUGGAGGUAGAGGAUUCUUUCAAAUGCUUAUGCCUGCCCAGCUAUGGAGGGGAUCGCUGUGAGAUCGACGUAGAGAGGUGUGUGGAAGGCUGGACUAAGUUUCAGGGUCACUGCUACCUGCAUUUCUCGGAUCGGAAGGCCUGGGAGGAGGCUGAACAACACUGCCAACGUCUUGGAGCUCACCUGGUUAGCAUCACCAACCGGGAAGAACAGGCCUUUGUCAACUCCCAUGCACAGGACUACCAGUGGAUUGGACUAAAUGAUAAGACAUUUGAGAAUGACUUCCAGUGGUCAGACGGAACCCCAAUGCAAUAUGAGAACUGGAGGCCUAAUCAGCCAGAUAAUUAUUUUAACUCUGGUGAGGACUGUGUGGUGAUGAUCUGGCAUGAAAAUGGCCAGUGGAAUGAUGUACCUUGCAACUACCAUCUACCAUUCACAUGCAAAACUGGCCCAGUCACAUGUGGCCAGCCUCCUGAAGUGAAGAAUGCCAGGAUCUUUGGGAACAGGAAGGAGCGCUAUCAGGUCAACUCUAUAAUCAGGUAUCAGUGCAGUGAUGGCUUCAGACAGCGCCACCCGCCUGUGGUCCGCUGCAUGGCAGAUGGACAGUGGCAGAAGCCACAAGUGGAAUGCAUUGCCCAAAUCAACAGCAGACUUCUAAAGAGAGCUAUUCGGCAAUGGUCUGCCAGGAAAACACCAGUCAGAAGACUGUAAUGAAUUAUAAAGAGUUAGUUAAGAGAUGUUAAGAAUCAAAGUUAUUUUCUAAGUAAACAUUUGACAUCAAAAAGUGUUAUUUUUAAAACAAGUUCCCCUCUUGUAUAUAGUGUCCUUACCCACAUACAUAGUUGAGUGGCUUGAGUGUCGCUCAGUGACAGAGACAGUAACUGAUCUUUUUUGUGAUUUUUUUUUUUUUUCACCUCAUUUUUUUUUCACUUUAUUUAUGAGAGUAGCAUUAUUAACAUCGGUAGUGUAAAUGGAUCACUGUACUUGCAACUGAACUAUUUGGAAGGUUUUACAGACUAUGCUAUACAGGUUCGUUUCAGACUUCUGGCAUGCUUCAGGUUGUCUCCAAAUAUCUGAUGAAUUUUUACUAAACCUUGCAGAGGAGGAACUCUCAUCUAGACUGUCUGGAAUUUUGCAAUGAAAGGGAACAGCUAAGAACUUGAUAAGGCCUGUGUCUCCACACUCUUUUUUCUGAGAGGGACAUAGGAAUGGGAAUUUUUUAUUUUAUUUUAUUUUUUUGCUUUUUUUCCCGCUUUGGGCACCAUAAUAUGCAGUUUGUGAGGUACAAAGUUUUUAAAGCACUUACUAUAUAUAACAGUAUAUGAAAGAUGACAUGAAGUAUUAUUUUAAUCUAUAGUCUCAAAGGAUGGAAAAAAAAAUCUAGAAAUGUUUAUAGCCAUAAAGAAGAGGUUUACAUUAAUUUAUUUUUGUGUAACCAUAGAAAUGAUGAAACAUUUUAAAAGUGUAAUUGAUUUUUGAUACACCUAAUAACAGCCAAGGUAAUGUGAAAUUAGGAGUAUUUAUUGAUUUGUCACAAUAUGACAUUGUAUCUGGCAAUUUGAUGGGGUUUGCCAUUUUUUAUGUCCAAAAUAUUCAGACAAAACAAUGCAAAAUCCAUACCAACACAUAUGCAUUACAUUUGUCAAAAGCGGGGCUAGACAGGCAGAUCCUGUCAAACUGUCAGCUUGAAUUUGUGCUGUGUUGUUUUCUCGUUUCAAUUGUCUUGCCAAAGCUGUGCAGGACGCAGCACUGUGAGACCAUGGCCUGAACUAGCUUACUGCCAUCACUGUCAUUCUCGCUUCUCUUAAAAAUUCAGAAAUGUCUUUUUUUUUUACUGUCUGUUACGACAAGUGCCUUAUGAUUUUGUUUUUGAAGCACAUUGCUCUGGUGUCUGCUCUAGUACAUGGGAGAGGCGGUGCCUCUUUCCCCCGGAGCAUUGGGGGAGCUCUUUUGUAGACUGCAAUCUUGUUUUCAUCACCAGUGUUGACCAGUGAACCAAUUAGUAAACUUUCCAAUCAUGCAAAUUUUGAUGUAAGCAAAAUGGAGAUUACUUCAUGCCCAAAAGACUUGGUUCUUCAUGUUGGAAAAGAAAGGGUUAAAAAGUUCUCUUGUACUCUGCUAUGAUCUCAUAUAUUUGCCCCACUAUGACUUAAUUCAUAUCACAGUAAAGGAAUGAAAGUAAUGCUUCACAAUAACAUUGAAGUACACCUCAAGAGUCAGAGGUUGCCAUGAGAUGGGAAUGGUUAUCUUCGGAGAUGAUGUAUAUUGUCACAGAUGACACACAACAUGUUUUCGUUCAAAUUAGUUUAUUGGUGAAAAGGAAAACCAUGAAAAAUGUCCAAAUAAAACAUUCCAUACAUCA